AUGGUAUACCAGGUGCAGCUACACACUGCUUCCAGUGCAAGUUGCAAGCUUCAUAUCUUUGAUACAAGUUGUGGAAUUCAUGUGUGGCACUAUUUAGGAUGCGAUUUCCAAGCUCUGUGUUGCUUCCGAUACAAGCUACAGGCCUCGGACAUGGUCUCCGUUGCAAGUUGCGAAAUUCCAUAUCACUUCAGGAGCAAGCUGGAUAGCCGAUCGAGACCUGUCACCUUGUCACUAUGGUCCCCUGUCACCCUGCUAGCCUGUCACCUUGUCACUAUGGUCCCCUGUCACCCUGCUAGCCUGUCACCUUGUCACCUGUAUUCCUGUCACCUUGUCACUAUGUCCCCCUGUCACCCUGCUACCCUGUCACCUUGUCACUAUGUCCCCCUGCCACCCUGCUACCCUGUCACCUUGUCACUAUGUCCCCCCUGUCACCCUGCUACCCUGUCACCUUGUCACUAUGUCCCCCUGUCACCCUGCUACCCUGUCACCUUGUCACUAUGUCCCCCUGUCACCCUGCUAGCCUGUCACCUUGUCACUAUGGUCCCCUGUCACCCUGCUAGCCUGUCACCUUGUCACCUUGUAUUCCUGCCACCUUGUCACUAUGCCCCCCUGUCACCCUGCUACCCUGUCACCUUGUCACUAUGUCCCCCUGCCACCCUGCUACCCUGUCACCUUGUCCACUAUGUCCCCCUGCCACCCUGCUACCCUGUCACCUUGUCACCUUGUAUUCCUGCCACCUUGUCACUAUGUCCCCCUGUCACCCUGCUACCUGUCACCUUGUCACCUUGUAUUCCUGCCACCUUGUCACUAUGUCCCCCUGCCACCCUGCUACCCUGUCACCUGUCACUAUGUCCCCCUGUCACCCUGCUACCUGUCACCUUGUCCCCCUGCCACCCUGCUACCCUGUCACCUUGUCACCUUGUCCCCCUGCCACCCUGCUACCCUGUCACCUUGUCACCUUGUAUUCCUGCCACCUUGUCACUAUGUCCCCCUGCCACCCUGCUACCCUGUCACCUUGUCCCCCUGCCACCCUGCUACCCUGUCACCUUCCCUGUCACCUUGUCACUAUGGUCCCCUGUCACCCUGCUACCUGUCACCUUGUCACCUUGUAUUCCUGCCACCUUGUCACUAUGUCCCCCUGUCACCCUGCUACCUGUCACCUUGUCACUAUGGUCCCCUGUCACCCUGCUACCUGUCACCUUGUCACUAUGGUCCCCUGUCACCCUGCUAGCCUGUCACCUUGUCACCUUGUAUUCCUGCCACCUUGUCACUAUGUCCCCCUGUCACCCUGCUACCCUGUCACCUUGUCACCUUGUAUUCCUGCCACCUUGUCACUAUGUCCCCCUGUCACCCUGCUAG